GAUUUCUCACCGCACCGCAGUUUGGAAAGCCAUAGCUGCCAUUGUAUUGCUCCUUUGUGCAUUGCCCCUAGGAGUUGAAGAGCCACCAUCUCCGUAUUCCUUAUUUCAGGCAGACUUCUGCCUCGAGUUUCGCUCAAGAUGGGGUUAGCGGAGCCUAGAAAACGCAUUAAAAUGUCCCACGACCCUCGCAAUUUAUCAUGGUCGCAAUCUUCCACCUCCUUCGGCCAGCGCAUCAUGACCCAGCAUGGCUGGAAAGAAGGUCAAUCUCUUGGCAAUCGUGAAAGUGUCCAUCUUGGUCUCAACAAUACAGAACGUCUGGCUGCUGCUCGUGUGGGAGUGCUUUUCAAAGACAACAAUCUGGGUCUGGGAGCAAAGACCAAGAGCAAAGAUGUCGAAGGUCAAAGAGUUGGACUCGACGCAUUCCAAGGACUACUCGGCAGACUAAACGGAAAGAGCGAUGCGGAGUUGCACAAGGAGGAGAAAAAGGUCGAGGACAGAAAGUUGGCAAUGUAUGCUCGUGGACGAUGGGGUGGUAUGGUCUUCGUGAAAGGCGGAGUUCUUGUGGGGAGCAUGAAAGCGGAGGAUGAGCAAGGUAAAUCACAGUCUGAAGUGGGCUCUGAGCACGACGAAGCAGACGAAAGACGCAAAAGAAAGGAAGAGAAAAGGCUGAGAAAAGAGGAGAGAAGGCAACAGAGAGAGGAAAAGGCUCUCCGGAAAGCUGCGACGAAAGCUCAAAAGGCAACGAAGGACAACGACAGCACAGCCUGUACUCCUCCUCAGUCACUGGUUAUUCACAACUCGCCCUUGAGCCAACCUCCUGAUGAGCCGGUGUCUUCGUCUCCGUCCGACGACGAGGCUCGGACAACUACAAAACAGAAGAGAAGGCGCUCCAGUACAAGCCAAGUGGAUUCAGCCGUCUCCGAGCCACAGACUGUUAGCCGGCUCAAGAUGCAGAAUGGUCGACACCUUCUUAGGGGUCGUAACAUCCAGGCGAAAAGGAUGGCUUUCUCCGAUACGAAAGGACUCGAUGAGAUCUUUAUGAGACCGGAUAAAUGAGAAUGGCAGACGGUGAGAACAGAAUAUCACCUUGUACAGACCGACCAACAGUGCCUCUAGGGACGCCAUAUGUUCAAAAAUUGGUCCUUGCAUCGAUGGUCACUUGGAUCGACGAGCAAGCCAUCUUCACGAGCCCGAGCCUGCCUUCGACAAAGCACCCUCAAUCUGCCUUGGUGGGCCUCCAGAGUUGAGGGACAGCGGAUUUUCACCCACACCAUUGCCGGUUUGGGCUGAGACUAGGCGAUAAUUACACUCACAGCACGAGCAGUAGACGUCACAGCCUGCGAUCCGAAGAUAACGAUGAACGAGAAGGGUUCACCUUAAUCCUCUCGCCUUCUGUCGUUGGUUGCGGUUAAGCUCUAUUGAGCAAAGCCAGGAUUAGCCAGGAUGGCUGCGGCCGGCCAGCUUAUGCACCAGACGGCUCUGGCCGUCAUGAUGAGAGAGACGGAUAUAUAGGAUGAUGAACAUGAUGGGUAUAUAUAUGCUCAGCAGAGGGCAGCGACUUGACAAAUAUUUAUCGCCUACAGUCCGAAAGUACCUGCAAAUAUCCAGGUGGGUACGGAGCCCUUGUGCUCAAUGUGCGAGUACUCAGGGACGAGAGGGCAGCAUGUGCUGAGGUUCGCGAAGGGGAGUGCCACUCGAAUGUGAGGGUACCGAAGAAGCGGCCUUCCGACAUCCUCCAGCGUAUUAUGAUGAGCAGCCUUGCCCGCAACAUGGUAGGGCCGUGUAAGAUGAUCGCCUCGGAUCAAUUCCUGCCGGAAUGGCACAUUGUCUGAGCAGAGCAGCGCUUGAAACAGCCAUCGGCCAUUGGCGCCCGACCAAGACACAUUUGGACUUGCACAAGAUUCAAAGGGGGUCAAUAUCAAUACGAAUACGAACACGAGUAAAAUUCC